UCCACUUUCGCAAGACUAACGAGCAUGAGGCGAUUCACCGGCGAAGCAGAAACAGCUCCUGAAAAGCUGCCACAUCCGGGGAGACAAUUCUUCCUGCAACACCCUCUUUAUCUGGACGCCAUCGCUGCCUUCUUCGUUGGUUUCGCCGUUGGGAUCCUCCUCUUCCUCCUCUGGCGCUCCCUGCUCCUCCUCCGGAGAUUCUUUUUCGCCGGCUGCACCCUCGUCAGUAGAGUCACUGUCCUGGAGGGAGAGGAGCCGGCGGGAGACGCUCCGAUGGUCUUCGGCCCGAUGCUCCGCGGGCCGGAGUUCGACCUCUUCAUCCAUCAACUCCAGCAGGACGGCGUUCCCCGCCCCGGCAAGGUCAUCGGCCGCGGUGGCUGCGGCGAGGUCUACGAAGCUGAGCUCCUUCUCCGCGACCGGCCGCUGCGCGUCGCCAUCAAAAAGAUCGAUCUGCCCGCCGACGGCCAAGAGGAGCCCGAGGGGUUCCACUGCCGCAUGCGGCAAGUGCAGUCGGAGAUCCGGACGGUGGGUUACAUGCGCCACCCCAACCUCCUCCGCCUGCUGGCGCACAUUCCGAGCCCACCCCGCUGCCACUACCUCGUCUACGAGUACAUGCCGCACGGUUCUCUGCACGACCUCCUCCGGCGGCGCGGGGCGGCGCUCGAUUGGCCGAUCCGCCAGAGGAUCGCGCUGGGCAUCGCCGCCGGCCUAGAGUACCUCCACGCGGUGCACUGGCCGCGGGUCAUCCACCGCGAUCUCAAGCCCGCCAACAUCCUACUCGACCGUCACUUCAUCCCGCGCAUCGCCGACUUCGGGCUCGCCAAAAUGCUGAGCGGCGGCAACGGCGGCGGCGGGAGCGGAUGGACCUCGCGGUCCAACAACCUGGUGGGCACGAUGGGAUACAUCGCGCCGGAGUACUACCAGACGCUGGUCUGUACGGACAAGUGCGACGUGUACAGCUUCGGCGUGAUUCUGGCGGUGCUGGUGACGGGGAGGUUCCCGAGCGACAAGUUCUUGGAGGAGAUUGAGGAAAUGAGCCUAGUGAGUUGGGUCCGGCGGGUGGUGGCGAGCUCCGAUGAGGAGUUUGCGGCGGCGAUCGACGAAAACUUGCAAGGGAAAGGGUUCGAGGAGCAGAUGCUUCUGGUGCUGAAGGUCGCGUGUUUCUGCACCUACGAUGACCCCAACCAGAGGCCUGACACUAGGGACGUUCGUCGCAUGCUAUCGCAGACAGUCCAAUCCACUCACGGUAACAAUAUCUCAUGCGCUAACCACUAGAUCGUCUCGAGGGGAUCAGUCCAAUCCACUCACAAUAAUAUUAACGAUAACAAUUAAAUGAUUUCAUAUUUUUAUGAGAUUGUUUAUUUAAUUCUAAUCAGCUUUGAGAAACAACCAAUCAAUCCUUCACGACUAAAUCAAGA